ACACUGAUACAUAAUGAUCAGACAGGUUUCAUACACCAACGCUAAACACAAGACAAUAUACCAAAGACACUACAUAUUAUGGAUCAUAUACAAAGAAAUCAAACUGAAGCAAUUGUGAUGAGCGUAGAUGCUGAAAAGGCCUUUGAUUCGGUUAAGUGGAUUUUUCUCUACAAGAUGGAACUUAAUUCCCUUCUUUAGCCUUAGUUCAAGAAUUGACUCUAUUAAAAUGAUUAUAUUGCCAAGACUUUUAUAUUGAUUUCAAACAUUGCCAAUAGAGAUUAACCAAAACCAAUUUAACGAGUGGGACAAACUGCUAUCCAGGUAUAUAGCAGUUCGCCUCAAAACCUUACAGCUGGUUAAACAAAAGGGAGGAUGGGGCUUGCCUUAUUUUAGAUAUUAUUAUUUUGCAGCGCAGAUGAGAGCAGUGGUAUGCUGGUGCAACCCGUCAUAUACAGCUCAAUGGAAAAAAUGCCCUCCAUCCCCAUACAGGCAAUUUUAGCUGAUAAUAACUUGCAAACCCACAUAAAUAACAUUGAUAAUCCAUGGGUGAUGUGGACCCUUAAAGUAUGGAAAAUUAUUAUAAAAGAACAUAAACUUGAAAAUGAUAUUUUGGCUCUUGAAUGGUGUUCUUAUGAUUCGGAUUUUAGACCUAAUAAAUAGGAUUCUAGAUUUAAGGACUGGAUAGCUAACGGUCUAACAGCCUUAUGUAGAGUAAUGAAAGAUGGAAAGUUACUCAGUUUUGAAACGCUUAAAAGGAAACAAGACUUUUAUAGAUACCUGCAGUUACGGCAUUACGUCAAUACAAAGAUGAAAAAUCUAACAAAGAUAAACACAUGUCUAAUUCAAUUAUUUACAAAACUGUGUCAUGCUUAUAUAAGGGUCUGUCUAAUUUCAUAUAUUCAAAUAAAACGGGAGAAGGAAGGAGGGAUAAAUAUAUCUGAGGAAGAAUGGACAACAAUUUGGAGGUAUCAAUGGAGAUGUACCAGCUCACAGAAGUGGAGGGAAUUAGGAUGGAAAAGCUUGAUUAGGUACUUUCUUACACCUUCUCAGAAGUCUCACUAUGAUGCUGGAGGAACUGUGGAAAUCAAAAUGCUGACCACUACCAUGUUUGCUGGGACUGUCCUGUCAUUAAGAGCUGGAGAGGGUUACAUAAUGGUCUACAGGAGAUCUUUAUCUGCGAAAUACCCCUCGAGAGUAAGGCUAUGUUUUUUGGACACAUAUCUGAGGAAUGGCUGAAAGGGGAUAAACAUCUACUAAAUAUCUUGCUGGUGGCCUGUAAACAGAGUCUAACCAGGAAAUGGUUGUCACAGGAGAGCCCAACUUUAAAUUUAUGGAUGGACAUUACAAUGGACAUCUAUCAAUUGGAGAAAUUUGCUUCAUACUGGGAGAACUGGGUCAAUAUGUCACACUCCAUAGACCUAAUUUUAUUUUUACAAACCAAUGACUGUAUUAUACGAAGGAUCACUCCCUAACUUGUACAUAGUUGCUAAUGUGGGAUUUUCCUUUUUUCAUUGUUUGUUUUUUUUAUCUAGGCAUUUAGAGCAGACAACAGAUGUGAGAUGUAUGUUUCUGAAUGUCAAUAAAAAAUAAAAUGUAGGCAAGGCAACUUUAUAUAGCACAUUUUAGCACAAGGUGAUUCAAAGUGCUUUACAUAAAAUAAAAUGAAAAUACAACAAUUCAACAUAUAGCAUCUGGGACAAAAUACAGCAUGUAAAAAUGACAGGCUUAAAUGAAAAUGAUAUCAGUUCUAUACAAUUGGCCAUGCAGGAAAUAAAUGAAAGCUAUCACAUCGAUUUGCAUAACAUUCAGUUGAUAAAUGUGAUGAUUAUUACGUUCUAACAUAACUACUAGGGCUGCCAAAUGAUCAAAUAUGGAGAAUUUCACAUAAAUUGCAGUGAAACAAUAAUGUUAUUUUAAUUAUGUUCAUAUGAAUGUUACUUAUUAGGGUUGUCUUUUCCUUUUCAUUUUAGGGAUUUGGUUGCAUUAAUAGAUCCACAUAAUUGAUUAGUUUAAAACAAAAACCAUCAGGCAAUCAAUUGGUAGAUUAUUGUCUAUAUAUUUUGUCCCUUUGAUGGAGGAUUUAUAAAACAUGAUGAUGCUGAAAUACUUCAUUUUCUUUGUCACUUACACAUUCAGCCUGUCGGCAAUAUUCUGCCACGCCACAUCCCUCGCUUUAUUGAUUGCCGCGGUAUUGCCCUUCUUUGAGAUUAUGUGGCUGUAAUCCUCAUAUACCUCCAUGAGGAGGGUUUGCUCCGCUGCAGAGAACAUCUCUGCACGCUCUUUUCCUCUUGCUUUUCGGCAUUUUUCACAGUUUCCGUGCUCGACUAGAAUGGGCUUUUUAUUUUCCCUGUGGCCGUGCACAAGUUGAGGCUUAACAGUUGAGGCUUGACUAAGCGUCAGGUGGAGCCAGCUGAUUUCACUUGAUGGAACGACUUGGAGCUAGAUUGGAAAGUGGAGCUUAGUCAAGCUUCAAGCUUACACCUAAGUCUGGGAAUUCUUAGCUACGUUGAUGGAAUACCCCCCUGGCAGUCAAGAAUAGCUACACAAACCUCCAUCCAAACAUAUUUGUCAUUUCACUGAAGUUAAAGGGCGUAACUGCUGAGUCACGGUUUUGUUUCAGGAGAAGCAAAAGUAACAGACUCCCUCAUAAAAGCGUCUCGGCUCCUCACCCAAAACACUGCUGCACAAACUGCUGCUGACGAUACAACAGUGAUCCCAAGUCUAAUCCAACUACAACCAGACGAGCUGAGGUGGUGAAUCAGGAUGAGCGCCGCACAGAGUGAGACUACGCUGGAGGCCAAACUGAAAAAGCUGCAGUGCCACUUCACCUGGGACCUGGAUGGCAACCAGUCCAUACUUUUAGGGGAGAGGGAGAUGCUGCAGGACAUCGGAACUGAUGAGGGAAACUGUUGGCUGGGUCACAUUUACAACCUGCAGGGCUACAUCCACUUCAAGCUGGGAACCAAUGAAGCCAACGAAGCCAGGAGUUUCUUCAGCAUGGCUGCAGAAGCUCUAAACCGAACAAGAGACGCAGACAGGGGUCCAUGGCUGCUGGUGAACUAUGGAAAUCUGGCUUGGCUGCACUAUCGCCAAGGUGAGGAAGCAGAGAGUCAGGCUUACCUGUCAAAGGUCGCUGCUCUGAAGGAAGAAUUCCCAUCUCCAUCACAGGACGAGCUGCACCCGGAGAUCUGUGCUGAAAAAGCCUGGACUCUGCUGAAGUUCAGCAGAGAACACAAGGUACUGGCAGGCGAAUACUUCCAGAAAGCCAUCGGGAUGCAGCCAGACAUGGUGGAGUGGCAGACCAGCCAUCUGAUAGGGUGGGCCAGUCUUCAUAAGCACGAUAAGAACCAACUAGGGGCAGACUUCAUGGAGAGAAUGCAGAAUGCCAAGGAACAGGAUCCAGAGAACCUGUACCUUGCUGCAGUGUACCUUAGGCGGCGUGCCAGCAGAGGAGAAGAUGUUAAUGAUGAAGUGAGUGAGUUGGCAACAAGGAUUUUGGGAAAUCCCGUCAGCAGCUACAGUGGAAUCAAAGUGAUACUACGGAUUUACAGAAAUGAUGACUCUUUUGACAAAGCUACAGCCUUGGCAGAGGAGGCUCUCCAAAACCAUCCAGACAAACGCUAUCUGAAAAGAUGCCUGGCACUCUGUUACAGGUGGAAGAUCAAUUCAAUGGAUCACCCGACACCGCAAAUGAUAGAUAAAGGGAUCAGUCUCCACAAGCAGGUGAUUACUCUUUACCCACAUUCUUCCUUAGUCAAGAGAAUGGACCUUGCAAGUGUGUACGCACAGUCCCCUCAUGGCCUGGAUGAAGCUGAGGCCAUAUACCAGGAGCUGCUCGAACGUGACCUGCAACCUGCAGACAAGCAGGUCCUUUACAACUCGUAUGCGAAAUUUCUAUACUUCAAACGGCAGGACCGCAACGGAUCGGUGGAUUAUCACAUGAAGGCGGCGGAGAUACCGCACGAGUCGUUCUUUGGACAGAACAGCAUUAAAGCUCUGGAGAAGAUCAGAGACAGAGGCAAGAAUCAUAGGUGCAGUGAAAUUAAGCAGUUUCUGGACAGACUGUGAACAUCACAGUGAUCCUCGUGACAUCACUUUUCUUCCAUAGCAAACAGCUCAGUCGAUGUCAUGUUGUUUGGUGUUUUACAACAGUUGGUAAUGUAGCUUUACUGCCCUCUUGUGGAUGUAGUCACCCAUUACUUCUACUGAACUGGGAUGAUAACAAAUAUAAUAGCUCUGA